UCACAGAAAAGCUAAAACCCCAGUUUCCCCUCCCGAGUCCUGAGUCUCACCAAGCCUUCUCCCUUCGACUGUCGAGCUCGGCGAUUCGGCCAUGGCGUUUCCUUACUUGGAAACCGUAGUAGGUUUUAUGAUAGUGAUGUACAUCUUUGAAACCUAUCUUGAUCUUCGGCAACUUGCUGCGCACAAACUUCUCACUUUGCCAAGAUCUUUACAAGGAGUAAUCAGCCAGGAGAAGUUUGAAAAAGCUCGUGCGUAUAGCCUCGACAAAAGCUACUUCAGUUUUGUUCAUGACUUUGUGACUAUCGUGCUGGACUCGGCCAUACUGUGGUAUGGGGUAUUGCCAUGGUUUUGGAAGGUAUCAGGGAACUUUCUGGUCUCAAUUGGUCUCAAUGCAGAGAAUGAGAUAAUCCACACUCUUGGCUUCUUGGGCGGUAUGAUGAUAUGGUCACAGAUCACUGACUUGCCAUUCUCCCUAUAUUCAACCUUUGUGAUCGAGGCACGCCAUGGUUUCAACAAACAAACAAUAUGGUUGUACAUUAGGGACUUGUUCAAAGGAAUUCUGCUCGCUGUCGUUCUCGGACCACCUAUUAUAUCUGCAAUGAUCUUGAUUGUACAGAAAGGUGGUCCAUACUUGGCCAUUUAUCUCUGGGGCUUCAUGUUUGCCCUCUCACUCGUCAUGAUGACAAUCUAUCCAAUUUUGAUUGCUCCCCUUUUCAACAAGUUCACCCCUCUUCCAGAAGGAAGUCUCAGGGAGAAGAUCGAGAAACUUGCUGCAUCACUCAAAUUCCCUUUGAAGAAGUUGUUUGUUGUAGACGGUUCCACAAGAUCAAGCCAUAGCAAUGCUUACAUGUAUGGCUUCUUCAAGAACAAGAGAAUAGUGCUCUAUGACACUCUGAUUCAGCAGUGCAAAAAAGAUGAGGAAAUUGUAGCUGUUAUUGCCCACGAACUGGGGCACUGGAAGCUUAAUCAUACAAUGUACACGUUCAUAGCCAUGCAGAUUCUUACCUUCCUGCAAUUUGGAGGGUAUACCCUUGUAAGGAAUUCAACGGAUCUCUUUAGAAGCUUUGGGUUUGACUCUCAGCCAGUGCUCAUUGGGCUGAUGAUAUUUCAGCAUAUUAUAAUACCUGUCCAGCAUCUUGUGAGCUUUGGCCUUAAUCUGAUUAGCAGAUCCUUUGAAUUUCAGGCUGAUGCAUUUGCUAAGAAGCUUGGCUACGCUGGUCCUCUUCGUGCUGGACUAGUGAAACUGCAGGAAGAAAAUCUAUCAGCCAUGAAUACUGAUCCAUGGUACUCAGCUUAUCACUAUUCCCACCCUCCCCUCGUCGAAAGAUUAUCAGCCCUUGAUGAAGUCGACGCUGACAGUAAAAAGGAAGAGUAAUCUGUGGAUUCCUGCGCAGCUCGCAGAUAUGCACGAUUUAGUUUUGUUUCGUCAGUGGACCACCAGAGAGAGCAAUACUGCUGUGAGUCGGAAUUUGGUAGUCUAGGCUAGUGCCAGUCUCUUUCUGUUCUGUAACUUUGUUGUUCCCUUUCUAUGCCUUGCGCUCCCGACGUUGUAUUACUUACUACCUCCCUGUACUUGUACACAAACUGUUGCGCACAACUCAAACACUCUGUUCAGAUUCGUAGCAAAACAUCCAGAGAACGGUUGAGAGGCAGAAGGAAUCACCAUGAUUAGUUGGGUUUCCAACCGGUCAUGUUGCUCCCGGCUUUUGCAGUGGUCUAAUUAGCUUGUUUGUCGAGCUAUGGAAGACACCGAUUAAGCUAUAGCUUGUUUGGAGUGCUAGCUUAAUCGGCAAGCACCAAAUGCUAGGAAAGCAAUUCUAGAAAUUAUGAAAGGUAAAUCAUCACUUUCAAUUUUGCAUAUGGAGUGGAGUGGAGUGGAGGCUUUUGUAUUAAGGAAAGGGGGAAGUGGUUUGUCUUUUCUGUUGCUCCCCCAUUCAAUAAAUCGAUGCUAUUCUUAGUUAGAUCCAAUCAAAACUCUUAUUCUUGUAUGGUUACCCAACAGAUAAAGCUACUACUGAUUGUAAAGAAGAUGAG